AUGGAUACAGAAGUAGUUAAGGCUUUUAAUGCAGAGUUAACGUCAGUCUACGAUUCGAAGCCUCCGUUAAGUAAGAAAAAAAUCCAAGAUAUCGCCAGAGCAGCUCUAAAAGCUAAGAGCUUCUACAAACAUGUCGUUUUCAGUGUGGAGAAAUUCCUUGCCAAGUGCAAAAUUGAGUACAAGAUACCAUGUCUAUAUGUCAUCGACAGUAUUAUUCGUACAUCGAAACAUCAGCUUAAAGAAAAGGAUGUCUUCGCGGCUCGAUUUCUGAAGAAUUUUUCGAAGACUUUAUCUGAUAUCCUCGCCUGUCCAGUUGCAGAUCAGCCUCGGGUCGUUCGAACGCUAAAUCUAUGGAGUGCUAAUGGCGUUUUCACUGAAGAACAAUUAGCCCCUUAUAAGCAGCAAUGCCGAGAUAUGGGCAUCGACACGGAUGUGGAGCGAGUCGAACGUUUGGUAAAAGGAGAAGAUGCCGAUAUGUCUCGAUACGGUGGAGCAUAUGGGCGGGCGAAAGAAAAGGAAAAGAAAAAGCAUCACCGACAUGCGGCCCCUCCGGAGUCGCCAUCAGUUAGUUCGCAGGGCAAUCACCAGGACAUGCCUUCACAGGACGUUUCAACUACACCGCCCAUGCCACCACCUGCACAUUUGGUAGCACCUGCAGCCGUACCAGCAGCAGCGUCAUCAGCAGAAGCUCCGAUGACUUCGCUUUUACCAGAAGCACCUGUAGCCCCCGUGGUAUCAGAAACGUCUGAGGAACCGACCACCGAACCUGAGCCAUCCACCGAUGCCAGAGAUCUCGACAAUGAGCCAUCAGAUGAAGUUCCACCCUGUGGAUUGAGUGAGCGGAAGCUCUUGGAUAUGAUGAUUGAUGCGAAUUUCGACUUCAGUGGGGCAUUCAAAAAUGAUAUUGUUCUCUUGAGGAAGGCUCAUGGGUUGAUCUGCCGUGCGUUGGAUGCGAGAAUACGAUCUGUUGGUGAUAAGCCCGAGAUCAAGGAUUUAUUGUCGAGUCAAUUCGACUAUAGCGAUGAAGAGGAUGAUGGAGAUGAGAGUAGAAAAGUGUCGAAAAGAUCCAAUGUUACAAAGGUUUUUCAAGAAGAUCUGCUGAGCAUAGCAAGGAACUUAAUCGAAGAUCCCAAUGUAAUCGCUGCAUUCAAGCGUAUGCAUGCAGAAAGAAUUGUUGCCCUUAACCAGGUAACGUCUAAUGGAAUUGCUGCCCAAGCACAGCGCACGUUGCCUUCACUUCCUGCUACAAUAGCUCCAAGUAUUUCUACAACUACAGCCCAGCAACUUCAAGGAAUUAGUCUUCCAAAAGGUCUCCCGCCCGGACUUUCAUUGCCUCAAGGCAUUCCCUUUAUGGACGUUAGCCUAUUCCAGGCUGGGUUACCUAACCUUGCUGGCUUACCAGGGCUACAGAGUUUGCCCGGUCUACAGGGUUUAGCUGGAAUUCCAUCGUUGAAUUUGGCUCAGUUGUCUGCUAUUAAUCAGGCAAAUGCAGCUCAACCAAAUCAAGCCUUGUUGAAUCUACUGGCUAAUAAUUCUUUAGCUUCAAAACUUGGCGCCCUGUCCAAUUUACAGUUCGCUCAUGCCCGCCCACCAGUUUCUUUGGCUGGAGGAUUCGAUCCAGCUCAGCUGGCUAAACAUCAGGAGAUACUCCAACAGCUGGCAGCAGGCGGUGGAAAUUCGGGCAUAACUGGUGUUCCUCCGCCAUCUACCCUUGGUUUACUUGGUGCUGCCCCAGGACAAUUGCUUGGACCGUUGCCAACAGCCCCAGUUGCAAUCAUGACUGAUGAUAGUGAGAGCGACAAAGACGGUCGUAGGAGGGAUCGAAAGCGAAGUCGUUCGAGAGACAGAGGCGAUCACAAGAAGCGAAGAAGCAGAUCAAGAGAACGCAAACCCGAAAAAGUGGACCGUGAGAGACGAAAGCUAGGGUUACCUGCAAUUCAGGAAGGUGUGACAACAAUCGCCUCGAAAACGCUGUGGUUCGGACGCUUACCACCAAACAUCAGUGAAAACGAUAUUAAGAUGGCAAUUGCUGAUGUGGGAGAAAUCAACAGUAUACAUAUCAUUGCAUCGAGAGCCUGUGCGUAUGCCACUAUGGCCUCAAGAAAAGCUGCUUUCGAAGUACUGCAACGGUUCGGAAAGGACCUGCAGAUUCAAAGAAGGAAUGUGAAAGUGGACUGGGCAAAAGGAACUGGCAUGAAAGAGAAUGAACUUGCAAAAUACUGGGAUGGAGAACGCGGCAUUUCAUUGAUUCCUUGGGAACAACUUCCAACGAAUAUGGAUCGGUUUUGUGAUGGUUCCUAUCUUGACGUGGAGUCGUUACCACCAGACAAAAGAAACUUGUAUACCGAGACCGGUAAGCUAGUGACCGCAUCGUCAGGGCAAACUGGCGCUGAAAAACCCACGCCAACGAAAUCGGAGGAUACACCGUCGCAUUCAUCCCCACCACCCACCUCAAUGCAUGCCUCACCGAUCAAGUCAUUGGUACCAGAUUCACCUGCUGUACUACAGCCUCCACCACAGGCCGUUCCACCACCUAGUGGUUUUCCUCCUUUUAUGGGCAUACCAUCGUCUGCUCCUGGAGCUAAUCCGUUCAUGGCACCACCGCCGCAGAUGGUCCCUCCACCGGGUUUCCCCAUGCGUCUGCCGAUGCCUCCAGGCAUGCCAGGUGGAAUGCCAACAGGAAUGCCCGGACAGGUGUUCGGCGGACCACCUGGCCAUCCCUUGAUGAUGCCACCACCAGGAUCGAUGCAACCUCAUUCGUCGAUGCCCCCACCUUCAUCAAUGCCGUCGUCGGUGCCUCCACCGGCGUCAAUGCCGCCACCGAUUCCAGGAGUUUCAGGAAUGCCACCUGGACCUGUCCCGAUGAGACCACCUCCUCAUAUGCCUGGAGCUCCAGGUGGCCCUCCUGGACCGCAGAUGCCGCCAGGCCCGGUUGGUCCUCCCAAUUUCAACGCUCCAAUUAGAGGAGGAUUCGGUCCAGGAAUCAGAGGUUAG